AUGUGCCCAGAGCUUAGAAGAGCUCCUGCUCGCAUCUUCCGUGCAAUGGGAAGGAAUCUUUGGACUGAAAUUGCCGCCUCCGCUGCUCUCUCUGCUCCAAAAUUCAACCGCCUCCUGCUUUUAAAGUGCAAUAUUGAGAGAGAGAGAGAUGGAGAAACUGACGUGUCUUCAAAACUGUUUAAAUCCACACAGAAACUCACACAUGUUUUGUGUUUGUUUGUUUUUUUUAAAAAAAGUAGUUACACAUCCAGGAUCUGUCCGGAAGAGACUGUUUUUAAUUUUUUUAAAAGUAUGUUCUUGGAUUCACGCAGAAGCACAGAAGUCUCAAGUCUAAACUUUUUGCUCUGGCAAAAGUUAGCUUUCGUACACUAG